GUCUUUAUCAUGUGACGUCUAGCACUCCUGAUGCUUACAUACGCUAGUGACAUCAACCGUAAAAAAGUAGUAUUAACAAUGAGGUUUAAAAAAUUUUAAUUUACAGCAGAGUAUUGCAAAGGAUACAAUAGAAUAUCAAUUCUUCAAUCAAAUUUAUCAAAUCAGAGGGCCUUUGAAGAUUUAAUAGUCCAGGGUUUCAGAAAUCUUAAUCCGAAAAAUAAUAAUAAAAUUACCCUUUGGUUUUGAAAAAUUGUCUAAUUAACUAUUGCAUUGAAUUCGUCACAGUUCAUUCGUCUUGUCUCUUGUAUCAACGACAAAGUGCGAGUGCUAAUGUAAUGGUUUUGUAUCGUUAAAAAAUUCCUCAGUCUUUUACUAAAUUAUGUCUGUUACCGAAGGGUACAUAAAAUUUGGCGAAUUUUUUAAGUCCGUUUACGAUGCUGCGAUUACAGAACCAUAUGCAAGUCGUUUCAAAGAGGCAUCUACAAAUGCAGAUAGAGAAGGAAUGAUAAAGAUUCUUAUAGAUAUACCGUGCGUAAAAAGUUUAAAAAUUAUCGAAUCAUACAAGGGUAAGGACGAUGUUAAGGCAACAAAAUUGUACGAUAAAAGUCGUGAAACGAUUAUUAAGGAUGGAGUUGUGCACGAAGAAGAAAAUAGAAUUAGUAUCCUUACCGAAACGCUGUUUACAGCCAGUGUAUCUAGUAGAUUAUUCCUGGACGCGCUUUUAGAUUGCGCGCAAUAUUGGUAUCAUUCGAAUGCUUUUUUAAAAUGCUUAAAAUACUGUGAAUGCAUGCUUGCUCUUCCUGCAAAUUUUUACGAUAGAACCAUCGAGAGUAUGAACGAUUUUUUGGAGCGUAGAAAAGCAUGCACCCAUUUAGAACGCGAAUGCUCCAAAAAGUUGAAAGUGUUGCCUUCUCAGGGCAAGAAACAGCGUAGGAAAUUCAACGCGAAUCAAUGCGUUUCUUUGGAGAACGCAUCAUUAGUAAACCAUCUGACGAUACCCUCCAUUGAUGGAAAAAAGCAUGCUAUUCUUGAAAGUUGUUCAGAUGCUGUGGCUUUACAAUUUGAUGAGAAACGUGGCCGACAUCUCGUAGCUACCAGAAAUAUUAAAGCAGGGUGUGUUCUUAUAGUGGAAUCACCGUUUGCUUUCAGCACAAACAACGAGGCACUCGAACGAAAUUGCUUACAUUGUCAUGUCACCCUCGAGAUGAAUGACAGUGUUAAAAUUCCUUGCCACUUUUGUCAAGCAGUGUCCUUUUGUUCAGAAAAAUGUCGCAACGAAGCAUGGAGAAUGUAUCAUCGAUACGAGUGUUCCAUAUUCGACGCCUUUUAUGACAACGAUUCUGAACAAUCACAACGACAGUCUUCGCACCUGCUUUUAGCUUAUAGAAUGACAAUCGCAGGAGCCUUGUCUUCAAAUGCUGAAGAAGUUGAAAACGAUACGGAUAAAAAUGAAAUUCCAUAUCUGAAUGAUAACUUUCUUCGGUAUCACAGUACAAAUACGAAUCAAGAAUGCAGCAAUUUAGGAACAAACGAAAUUUAUAAUCCUCGUGAUUAUCGUACCAUAUUAAAAUUAGAAACUCAUUGCGAAAGGAUAGAAGCUAGCAUAAAUCUGAUUCGUGCUAUCGAAGCAAUAUUUUUAGCAAAGUGUCUUACAUUUAUCUUGAGUAAAAUGGACGUUGUUUGCUUAAAAGAAACCUUUAUCACCUUAGCAGUAGCAACGUUGCAUCAUUUACAGGCUAUCAAUUGCAAUGCUUACGAGAUCGUAGAAAACUUGUAUGACAAGAAAACGCAUGUUUGGGAACCGAGACUCGUAGGUGGAGCAAUUUAUCCUUCUGUUAGCCUGGUAAAUCAUAGCUGUUAUCCAAAUGUCGUUCGUCAUUCUUAUCCAUCAGGAAUAGUAGUGGUAAGAAGUAUACGCUUUAUCGGUAAGGGAACCGAAAUCGUUGAUUGUUACGGACCACACUGUCUUAGCGAGGGAAGAUUAUCAAGACGCGAGUACUUGUGGAAAAAGUAUCGUUUUCUGUGUGCAUGUGAAGCUUGUACACAAAAUUGGCAAUACCCGUUACCUGAAACAAUAAAUUAUAAAUGCAGGGCAUGCUUAGAACCUAUUAAUAUAUUCGUUUCAAAUGAAAAAGAUGCACAAAAUGUAUCGAUUAAGAAAUGCCACAAAUGUAAUGAGAAAAUCGAUUGUAAGAAGAUAAAAAAUCAAUUUCGAAAAUCAGUUGAGAAAAGAUUAAACGCUGUGUCUAAAAUGUACGAAGGCCAUUAUGAACAGGCUCUACCUCAAUUGUUUGAGCACAUACAGUUUAUUGAAAAGUUCUUUGCUGCACCCAACAUUGAAACUAUCAAAACACAACAAUGUAUCAUUCAAUGUUACAAUCAGUUUGGCUGCAUAUCUCAAUAACAAUAACUCAACAAAAGUGUUGAAAUGUGUACACAUUUAUAAUUACACGUAUGGUAUAGAUGUGUACACACAUAUAUAUAUAUAUAUAUACUUAUAAUGUAUAUGAAUGUGGGUGUGUACAAUAUACACAUGUGCGUACACGCACGUAUAUACAUACAGAUGGCUUAAAAUUCGUAUCACAAGUACUAAAAAACAAAAACCUUUAUGUUUUGUAUCGAAUACCUUAAUUUUUUCAAUUUUUUUUCACGCAGUGCAAAAUGUUAUAAAAAAUGACAAACUGCUCUGCAUUCAUGGUGGUUUACUUCUUGUUUCGACACUUCACAAUUACUUUUCAACUAGGCUGGACAUUCAUUUAAAUUUGAUAAGGCUUUUGAUGUAGAACUGUGGCAUGAGCACCGUCGUUACUAGUAGUAAUACUUCGAUUGCUCAAUAUCGAUAAUUACUAUUAAAUGCACGUGUUAUGAUAAUCGUGUUCUUUUAUACUCAUAAACUGAAACUAAAAGAUCUUAGAUCUUGAAAACACUGCUUGCAUAAAAAAUAUAAACUACACAAAGUAGCUUGACAUACACGUGAUUCCAGUAGACAGUUUAGCUACUAAAUCACCAAAAUGUCUAAAUUGAACUAGAAACUGAUGACGUGAGUAAUGUAUAGACUCAGUUACCACAUGUGCGUCUCUCGGAUUUCGCUAAUAAUAUGACCAGCUUGUGUUAGUGCCUGCAACACAAUCAAACAUAUACACCUCAAUAUUUAUAGACGAUUUAAAAUAUUUUUUUUAAUAGAAAAAAAUCUAUUAUUUCAGUAGAUGUACCUUUAACAUAUUUGCUGCUUCCUUGCGCCUAACAGCAACGUGUUCACUCUCAUUUAAAAGUACUUCAGCAUGAUCCGAUUUAUACAAAUGCGUUACGAGUUCACUUUGUACGUUGUCUUUUACAUAGUUGACUAGGAAAUGCAUGACAGCUUUUGGUACGCUAUCUUGUAUAGAUUUUCGUACAAUAUAAAAGUAUGAUUUUAUUAGUCUUUCUACAAAGGAGAAAAAUGUUUAUAUAAAUAGAUAAAAUAAAAUGUCGAUGAUUUGAUGAAAAA